ACACCGCACUCUCUCUUCUUUCUCGUUCUUGAUUUUUUUUUUUUAUUAUCUCCUCUGUUUUGGAUCCAUGGAUAAUGUUAAGCUCGUGAAGAAUAAUGGUGUUAUGAGAUUACCACCUGGAUUCAGGUUUCAUCCCACAGAUGAAGAGCUUGUGGUUCAGUAUCUCACGAGAAAAGUUCUUUCUUCUCCAUUACCAGCUUCCAUCAUUCCUGACUUUGAUGUUUGCAGAGCUGAUCCUUGGGACUUACCUGGCAAUUUGGAGAAAGAGAGGUACUUCUUUAGCACAAAGGAAGCCAAGUACCCUAAUGGGAACCGGUCUAAUCGAGCAACCGGUUCCGGUUACUGGAAAGCUACCGGUAUUGAUAAACAAGUUGUAACCUCUAGAGGAAAUCAAAUCGUUGGUUUGAAGAAAACACUUGUGUUCUACAAAGGCAAACCACCUCAUGGCUCAAGAACCGAUUGGAUCAUGCAUGAAUAUCGUCUCUCUUCCUCUCCUCCGCAGAGUUUUAUGGGCCCUACUCAUCAGAACUGGGUUCUUUGUCGUAUCUUCCUUAAGAAGAGAGCCGGUAACAAGAGCGACGAGGAGGAGGGAGAUAACCGGAAUGUUAGAUAUGAUUAUGACCAAACUGAAAUAAUUACAACAAACCAAACCGAAGAUAAGACCAAACCAAUCUUCUUUGAUUUCAUGAGAAAAGAAAGGACUACGGACUUGAACCUUUUGCCGGGCUCUCCAACUUCCGACCACGCUUCAAGUGGACUCACGACGGAGACCUUCUCUUCCGAUGAAGAGACCAGUAGUUGCAAUAGUUUCAGAAGAAAUCUUUAAUUUAAUUUUAAAUGUUUUUGACUAUCUUAAUAAUUUUAUAUCAAUACGACUCUACUUCCUUUUUCCUAUUUUUUUACUCGAAAACGAAUCUUUGUCCUUUCUCUUUCGUGAACUAGUUGAGUUUUGUUUAAAUGAUUAACCACCCUAUUCAAGAAAAAAUGUAAUAAGUUUAUUAUUCCCUACCAAAACUUCAAUUCUUCUCCCAACCGUCCAUUUAUUGGAAUAAAUAUAUGUUUACAAGUCAUUGGACAAUUUUAGGUUAUGCACUUUACUUAUAUACUAUUACGAACGGAAAAUGUAUAUUUGGAAAAUAAACAGAAGAACAAGUUUUUUUGUGUGUGUUUUUACAUGACAUGACAAUCCCAUGCCAAAUAUAUGAAGUAUUCAAAAUAAUAAUUGUAGUAGC